AUGUCGUUGAGCUCUACUGACCUUCUGACGCUAUUUCCGUUCGACGGUAGCUUCGUCGACGAAGAAGCGUUCUCCCGCUCCCAGUCUCCCUUGUCUGAUUUACAAUCGGACGUGCAUCUACCUUCUGAUUCCUACGACUAUGGCCAUCCGUUACUGAAUACCGCAUUGCAACUGCAAGACCCCUAUUUGCGACGAGCCGUGACACUCCACCAGAACGGGUUGAGCGAAGAAAUCCCUUUUCGAAUCUUCAACAAACUCGACCAAGCUCUGUUUGCUGUAUACUUGAACAACGCUGUCUCUCUUGGUAUAAGCAGAUUAAACCCUGGUAUUUCUGGUUCUACCUACACGCGCCGAUGGAGACCCGAUCCGGAAGUAAGGGACAUUGUCGCUACGCUAAUCCACCACAUGAUCCAUGCAUACUCUCUUGUGGCGUGCGGCGAGCAAAAGGAGAACGAGAUGGACUCUGGGCGUCUGAAACACGGUUUACAUUUCGACAGGAUCAUGCUCGCCAUCCGGAGGCUUUCAGCUGCCCACGGUAGAGAGCUUAUAACCCAGGAUUAUGGGCAUCGCUUGCCCAGCAGACGCUUUUAUGUUGACGGCUAUUACCGCCCGCGGAGAAGAGACGAAAUCGAGCUCGAGGAUAAGAACGAGUGGUGUUGUAGCCAUUGUCACAGUGACAUACACGGACCAUCCGAUAACGAGGUGGAAAAGUGGUAUAAAGAGAUUUGCCAGCCAAUGCUUGACCUACCACCAAGUAUUCGAGCUCUCGAGGUUGAGGUAUACAAUGUUCGACGACACGAGCUCGAAAAGAGACGUCGGGCGCACCUCGGUUCUUCUUCAAAGUCUGUCGAGUUUAUUUUCAAAGAUCGACCGGUCCUUGUUGGCACAGAUAAGAUUAACCAGUUUCCGAGUGAGGUCUCAGAAGACACGUUCAUGGGCCUUCUCGAAUUCCUCCAUACUGGCUCUUAUCCUCCUGAUCCGCAUGUCUUUGCUGGUGCUGCAGUCACUCGAGAUGCCCGAUGCAAAGCCCCUCCUAUCAUCAAGUCCCAGAAUGUAUCUGUCGAAGCAAUUGUGGUCUUAGCCGACAUACGACUUGCCAAGCUCGGCUUAUAUAUGGGCUUCGAAGAUUGCAAAACCUACGCCUUGGAUCGCAUGAACACAUACGGUGUCCUGUACGAGGACCCUGUGGCUGUUCUCAAAGAGAUUUACCGAGGCUGCGAAUUGGACCCUGAUCUCAAAGUCUGGGCACGCAUGUUUCUCACACGUUGCCUUAAUACAUCGAGUCCUGGUCAUUACCACGGCGACUUACUGGGGCACAGUACCAUAGAGCCACCCAACCUGCUGAAACUUGAAAGUCAGCAAGGUGCUUACCAGUCACGCUUUUGCAAUGCUAUUGAAAUCAGUGGAGCACUAGAGAACGAUGUUAAUAAAGCUUGCGCCGAGCUCAAAACUGCAGGCUGGUAUACAUCCUUCAUGCACACAGCCGAUCAGCCAGCGCAUAAUUCGAAUAAUCAUCCUCAUACUCGCCCGCACUUUUUUCCUGACUCGUCCUCGCCUUCAUCAUCAUCAUCAUCUGGCUCAUGGUACAAGGUCCGAGACCUCACUAGCCAGCUAUCCUCUCUUAGUGUGAACCGCGCUCCCGGAAUAGAGCGAGGUAAGGUGCGGGAUGGCGACUACAUCGGACCGAAUCGCACCUAUAAGAAAAUGAAAUAUAGCAUGAAUGACCGCGAAGAACAUCUGAGAGAUGUCGAAGUUGAAUUGGAUAAAGCAAGGGAAAACGUGAGAAGAUUAGAAAGGGAAAAGGGGGAUCUCAGGGAGAAAGAAACUCAGAAACAGAUGAGGAUCCAGGCUGUGGUACUGGUGGAAGAGCUUUUAGAGGAGAACUUGGGACAGAGAAGGGGCGUUGACGAAUAUUAAGUUUGUGUGACGUUGUGGUACAUGUAGAAAGUGGCGUGAGACGAAACCUCCUGGAC